CGUCGCGCUCGCGGCGGUGAAGGCGGAGGAGGAGGAGGAGAGGAGCUGUUGUGACGCGAUGGAGGCGAUACCGGUGCCCCCGGCCUCUCCCGCCGCACUGGUGCCGGCUACCGCCGCGGGGCCCGUCGCCGUGACGGGGAAGGAGGUGGUGUCGCCGGCCCCGAGGCCCCCAAAGAAGAUCUUGGAUGAGGAGGCCUAUAUUGAGAGCUUAGAGAAAAUCAUCCAGCGAGACUUUUUUCCCGAUGUGGAGAAGUUGCGAGCGCAGAAGGACUAUCUGGAGGCUGAGGAAAACGGCGACUUGGAGAAAAUGAGACAAAUUGCUAUCAAGUUUGGCUCUUCCUUGAGCAAGUCGUUGAGGGACACACCUGCACCCUAUGUUACCCCAGCCACGUUUGAAACACCAGAAGUGCACCCAGGUGGCCUUGCAGUGGGAAAUAAAUCUAAAGCUGGCAUCAAGACUGCAGAGGAAGGAGAAGCAGAGAAAGAUGAUAAAGAUGCUCUUCCCAGCCUGGACACCUUCUUGGCAAAGCACACGAGUGAGGAUAAUGCUUCCUUUGAGCAGAUCAUGGAAGUGGCCAAGGAGAAGGAGAAAGUCAAGCACGCCUGGCUGUACAGCGCAGAGGAGGAGUACACCCGGCGACAAAAUGAAAACCUGGCACUUCCUUCAGCUGAGCAGCAAGCCCUGGAAAAUGUGAAAGCUGGUCUGGAUACCUGGGAAUACACAGCUCGAAACACCCUCAUGUAUUAUCCAACAGGUGUACCUGAUGAGAGUGAAGUCUUUAAGAAGCCCAGGGAAGUUGUGCAUCGAAACACCCGUUUUGUGAAGGACCCUUUUAGCCAAGCCGUGAGCAAAUCACAGCUCCAACAAGCUGCAGCCCUCAAUGCUCAGUACAAACAGGGCAAAGUGGGACCCGAUGGGAAAGAGCUGAUACCCCAAGAGUCUCCAAAAGUGAAUGGGUAUGGAUUUGUGGCUACCCCUUCUCCUGCCCCAGGUGUGAAUGAGUCGCCUUUUAUGACGUGGGGUGAAAUUGAAAGCACCCCUUUGCGUCUGGAAGGGUCAGAAAGACCAUAUGUGGACAGAACACCAGGACCAGCUUUCAAGAUCCUGGAGCCUGGGCGCCGUGAGAGGUUAGGACUCAAGAUGGCCAAUGAAGUGGCAGCUAAAAAUCGAGCAAAGAAGCAGGAGGCACUUCGAAAAGUGACAGAAAACUUGGCCAGCCUUACUCCAAAAGGACUAAGCCCAGCAAUGUCACCAGCUUUGCAAAGACUUGUAAACAGGACUGCAAGUAAAUACACCGACAAAGCCCUGCGAGCCAGCUACACGCCCUCCCCAGCCCACACAGGAACUCCUGGUUACAAAACCCCAGCCAGUGGGCCUCAAACCCCCCAGAGCACCCCACAGUCUAGGACAGUAUCUCAGACACCAGUAUCUCAGGAUACUACAUCCAUCACGGACAAUUUACUGCAGCUUCCCAAAAGAAGAAAGGCAUCUGAUUUCUUCUGAACAUUCCAAUCACCACCAGGGUGAUAGUGAUCUGGCUGUGCUCAGUGAGCUGUGGACUGGUUACUGGAAACUGGGAAAAUGCAGAUCAUUUCUUAAAGAUAUAUUUCUGUUUUUAAGAGAGCUGUGCAUUUAGACUCGUUUCUGUACAGCUACGUCUGUUUCUUAAAUGGGAUAAGCCUUUCUAAAAGGCUGAUCUGGACUUGGCUCCAGCUCAUCAAACUUGUUUGCGUUUGUAGUUUGCAGAAGAGGUGACGCAACCCUGUGUAUACUGAGGCAUGCCACAGAAUUUUAGAGGGGUUCUCUUUAACUUGAAUUUAAACUGAUGCACAAGUUUGACUAACGUCGUGAUCUUGUUAAAACCAGCGUUCCUUAAGGGGACCACAUUUCCUUCUUCUCUCCUUACAAUUUGCAGAAUGGGAUUUGCCUUGCUGCUUUUGCUCAGGCUUUUCUUCUGCAGGCUUUGGGCUUGCCCUGUUCUGCAGCUGGCAGAGGGAAGGGAUCAGAUUUGUUUUACAGCUGCUCUGUGUGUGAAUCCAGAGAGUUGAUGAUCACGAUGCAGGGGCGAGAGAGUCGUGCGUCACCCACCAGGAUGACAGUGCUGUUCCAAAGGACAGAGGUGGUACUUCUGAUAGCCACACCGGGGCUUUUGUUUGGUGUUUUCCUCCCAGUCUUCAAAACUUCUGGUUUUUAUAAUUGACCAA